GCUCUUGCAGUGUUCCGCAAGAUCGUGAAGCUGGGGUGGUCAGAGCAAACAAGCUCACUUGGCAGCGUUGCCUUCUUGUUGGCCAGCUUUGUCCCAGAUACCUUGGAGCGUGAGCAGCAUCAGACUGCAAGUGGCCUUUUGAAGUCGAGCAUCGAACUUGGCAAAAGCACCGCUGCUUUGAAAGCUUUGGGGGAGUCACCUGAGACACGAGGACAAAGCGCGCAGUGUGGCAAAUGCGAGCAAAACUUGCAGGCAGCCUUGGCCAGAUGCAACAAGUUCCACAACAAGGCCACGGAGAGCCAGGAUGAUCUUUGCUACGAGUUCUUGAAGGAGAGUGGGCGCCUAAUCGAUGAGGGCAACAUGAUCCUGAAGCUCCAGGCGGAGCACUUCAUUGGCCAGGCAGAGCAGGAGGUGAAGAACGCAGAUGCGGACAUUGUGGAGCAGGCCAAGAAAUGGGUCCCACAAUUUGACAAAUUGGUCGAGAAACCGAUUACAGAACAUUGGAAGAAGUUGAAAGCAGCUCUUGCAGACACAGCCACUAUGAGCAGCAGAUUUGGGCGAGAUCCUUCUCAAAGUCCAGCCUACACUUCCGGCAAGGAGCUCUUGGACCAGGCCAUGGUGAUGGUUAGCGAGGCUCUUUUGACAAAGGCUUUGCUGUCCGAAGACCCAGCCGGACAAGUGUCCAUGCAGUUGAGGCGAAUGUCAGCCAACAAAGUCGGCACGAUCGCACAAGCGCUCAUGAUAGAGUGCAACCAAGUGGUGACAAG